AGUAGGAACAAGUAGGAAUUGACGCAAUGGCCGUCCACAUUGCUUCUCAUUGAUCAACCUGAUUGACGGAAAUACGACAGAUAUUUCGGUUUAGAGUAGUCUGGUCGUCUAGGUACAGGCAUCACCGAUACUGUCCGAAUUUACUUAUUCCGAAAGAGACUACGAAGCUUGUAGAGAGCAUAAGUGAGAAUAAAAGCAACCACUGAAAAGCGAUAUGGAGAUCGACGUGCCUACAGGCGAUACAAAUGAGCAAACGCCGAUGGAAGUCGACGAAGAUACUUCCGAAAGGAAAGCGCAGAUGCCUGGAAGUGCCAUCAAGGUCAUGGCAUCCUCGGGCACCGUUGGCUCGGUGUCCAUCAGCCUGCAUCCAUUGGUAAUCAUGAAUGUCAGUGAGCACUGGACCAGACUUAGGGCUCAAGAGGGUAGUGAUCAGUUAGUAUACGGUGCUCUGAUUGGUAAACAGAAGGGUCGCAACAUAGAGAUUAUGAAUUCUUUUGAAUUGCUGUUUACAUGUAUUGGCGACGAUGUCGUAAUUGACAGAGUCUAUUACAACACGAAGGAAGAGCAAUUUAAGGUAGUGUUUAGCGAAAUGGACUUUUUGGGCUGGUAUACCACUGGAGAUAUGCCUAAUGAAAGAGACAUCAGAGUACACAAGCAACUUUGCGAGAUAAAUGAAAGCCCAGUGUUAUUAAAACUUGAUCCUAGACCAAAAAAUACAGAGCACUUAUCCGUCUCCAUGUAUGAAUCAGUGAUCGAUUUAGUUAACGGUGACGCCACCAUGCUGUUUGUUCCGUUAACUUAUACAUUAGCCACAGAGGAAGCUGAGAGGAUUGGAGUCGAUCAUGUGCAAAGGAUGUGUAACAACGAUCAAGGCGAAUGUUCAGUAGUGGCUGAACAUUUAACGGCACAGCAUAGCGCCAUUAAAAUGUUGCACGCAAGAGUGAAACUUGUUCUGAGAUAUGUGCAAGCGGUGCAGAGUGGGGAAUUAAAGGGAAAUCAUGAAGUUCUUCGAGCAGCCUGUUCUUUGAGUCAUCGAUUGCCUGUCUUAAAUAAUCCGAAAUUUAAGGCCGACUUUUAUAAUCAAUGUAACGAUUUCGGAUUGAUGACAUAUCUGGGUAUUAUAACUAAAGGGUGUAAUAAUAUAAAUCAAUUUGUAAACAAAUUCAAUAUUCUGUACGAUAGACAAGGCGUAGGUCGACGUCUACGAAGUCUCUUCUUCUGAUAUGUAAAUAGAAUCUGUUGUUUUUAUACAUGUCUUUUUUUACUUCUUAGGUAAGUACUGAACUCAGGAUUAAAGCUUAACCAUCCAACUUAAUCAAGGAAUAGUUUGAAUACUACUUUAGAUGUAUAUUGUAUCGAAUAUAAAUAAAAGUAAAAGUUAUGCAACAAUUUUGGUUUAAGUAAAAUUGUAAUAGCAGUUGACAGAGAAUAAUAACCAUUCGAUACUUGCGUUA